AUGGGAAACAACCAAUCAGGUUCGGCUAAUAAACGUGAUCGUCUCCCAGAUGCUGGUAAGAUAAAUUGAAAUUCUAAGUAUUUACGUGAUUUCUAUAGGAAGUCCACACCGUGCUAGGGCUAUGAGUGGAUCGGGAAGCGGAAACGCUGAAGACGAGUGUCCUGUACAAGUAGGCGUCGUCUUGUAGAAAAUUAUACUUUUUUUUUGUUUUGUAGGUAAAAAUCGCAAAAAGCGAAGCUCCAACCAACUCUCAAUUCAAAUCCAAUGAGUAUCCUGUCGUUUUCAAAUGGACCAAUUCUGCUGUUUGGUGAGCUAUUUUGUUUGUGAAAUGAAUACUUUGACCGUCUGGGAAACUUCUCAUGUUUUUUACAGCCAGCCGCGGUCGGUGUUCCUUUGUGGAUCAUGGGACGGUUGGCGCUCGAAAAUACCGCUCGUCAAAUCGACGGCCGACUUUUGCACCAUUCUGGACUUGGAACCAGGUGCCGCCAUCUUGCGAGAACUUUCGACGACUGUUUUUACAGGCAAACAUGAGUACAAGUUCAUGGUUGAUAACAAGUGGGUGGUUGACGACAACCAGCUGAAAACGGCCGAUAAUCUCGGCGGCGAGAAUAACAUUAUAACGAUCGACCAGGACGACUUUGAGGCAGGCAUUUGGGGCUGAACUUUGUAUUGUAACCACUAAAAAAAGAAAAGAAUCAUAAAAAAACACACCGACUUUCAGUUCAUUUUUUCUUUAUUUGAAAGUUCCCUAAUCUCUUCACAAUGCUACCUUUUCUGAAAAAAACGACUGAAAAGAUAUAAAAUUAACGUUAUUUUUUUCAAAUGGCUCUCCCUUUUUUUGAAGUCGCGUGAUUUUCCCACGGCAUACUGUAAAGGAAAAACUUCAAUUUUUCUCAGAUUGAGAGAAAGGAAUUCUGAAAAAAAAGGUGCACGGGAUUUUUCGAUAGAUUACUGUAGCGCCUUGUUCAAAGUUCUUGGUUACUUGGUUUGAAGGAAGAACAACUGCAUAGAGAAAAAUUUACAGCGAAGAAACAAAAAAAACAGUGUGACCGAUUCUACAGUAUAUUUCUAACUUUUGACAUUUCUUCCUGGACUCUUCCGGACAAAUUUGUACACUGCAAAGUACAUACAAAUAAAUUUUAUCCAUUUGGAAACCUUUCAGCAGCUUUCAUGAUGUUCAUAAAACUGUUCUUAAAAGCUCUUGUCAGAAAUAUGAUUCACUUGGAAACUUUUUAAAGUUUUACUUCCGGGCACAAAUUCCAGUGAUAUCAAGGCAGAAGUUAUUUUUAUCUUGAUAUUUUCUCAUCAAAAAAAAAAAUUAUUUCGUACCGUACGAGUUUAAAAACUUAUUUUUAGGUAUUCGAUGCCUUGGAUAAAGAUCUUGCGUCGUCCAACGCUGGCGAGUUGAUGAGAGGAAAGCCAACAAACCAACAAUCUCAUGACACCCCAAAUGAGCGGUGAUAAAAAAUGGAAAUCAUAGAUAUUUUCUGAACUUGUACGUUUCAGUGAACUCGAGAAACAUCGCGUAUUCACUCAAGAUCUGCCGGACCGCAAGAUUUUCCACGAAAAAACAGCGGCGCCUCCCAUCCUCCCACCUCAUUUGCUUCAGGUUAUUUUCAUUGAGGAUUUUUUAACCGAGAUUUGUUAUAGGUGAUCCUGAACAAAGAUACCCCGGUGACCUGCGAUCCGAAUGUCCUGCCGGAACCGAACCACGUGAUGCUGAACCACCUGUACGCUCUCUCCAUCAAGGAAGGGGUCAUGGUUCUUUCUGCCACGCACAGGUGAAUUUGAAACAUUCUUUAAAAAUUUUGUGCUUUUACCGGACCUUUUUUGGUUAUUUUCAAUCUUUACAACGAGCUAAUGACAAAAAUGAAACCGUGAAAAGAUAUUUGACACUUCUGAGGUUAUUCAGAACAGAAAGCUCUCAGCAACGAUAAACUUUUCCAAUCUCAGGUACCGCAAGAAGUACGUCACCACCCUUCUCUACAAGCCCAUAAGCUAA